UUGCGCCACUUUUAACGACUGUUAGUUUCUAAAACAUCGAUAAAUCACAAAAAUGGAUAUUAGUGAUAUUACAAAGUUUGCAAAUAAAAAAGGAUUAGCUACGGAUGCAGAAAAGUUACGAGAGAAAGUAACUAAAGAAAGGGAAAAUAUUAUAAAGUUAAAGGUAGCUCAAGACACCGCGUACUGGGACUUAAAAGAAAAGUUGCAGCAAUUGCAAGACAAUCAUGAGCGGCUGCAGCAGAACAUGGCCGCUGUGCAGAUGCAGCAUGAAGCCGCCAACGCUAAGUAUCAGGAAGAGAUGAGAAAACGCCCUGAGAUACUUAACAAAUUGUCCACCACUCGUAAGAUCUGCGACGUGCUGCAAGAGUCAAGCGAGCGGCUGCGGGAGACGCUGUCGCGCUGCAAGGCGGACGGCGCCACGCUUCACACCGCCUUUAACAAGUCCGCGGAACAGUUGCGCGAGAUGCGCCACAAGCAGCUGCAGCAGGAUGAGAAGAUUAAACACCAGGUCGAGAGCCUACAAGAGAAAGUGUCGCUGUCAAGCAACCACUUUAGCAAGAUGGUUGAAUUCCUGACAAGCGCGAAGCAGCAGGUAGACGGCGAGCUGGGAGAAGCGCGCGCGCAGCUUGUGGCCGCGCAGGUCCGCCAUAAUGACCUGCUCACCGCGCUAGGCGACAGCAACAGGGAACUAGACAAGCAUAAACAUGAUAUAGAAAGGAAAGACGAUAUGAUUAAUCAUUUCCAACGAGAAAUGAAGAAACUCGCUGAUGAAUACAAUACUCAGAUCUGCAACGCGAACAAAUCCCUCGCACAGAAAGAUAAAGAGAUCCAAGAAACAAUAGAUGCGGUUCAAUCUCUGAAGCAAGUUGUGCUGAACCAAGAGCAGUUCAUAAAGAGCGUGAGUGAUGAGAGGAAUGCAAUGCAGGAGAAGGUGGCUGAGCUGGAGGAGGAGCAGCACCGCCUGGUUACCGCUAUGGAGACACUCAAGAUACAGCUGCAGGAUACAAACAGCGCCAAAGUAAAUGUAGAAGAGAAUUUGGAAAAGGCAACAAAUGAAAAUAACGAUUUGAAGAAGGAAAUAUUUGAAUAUAUCCAAGAAUUGACUAAUAUGAAGAAGAAAGAGCAAGAUCUUCAAAUGCAAAUAAACUUAAUGGAAAAAGAAAAAUCUGAAAUAGACGAUGAAUUGCAACAAACUAAGAGAGAUUCCGAUGAAAAAAUUGCUCAAAUGGUAACCGAAAAUAAACUACUCGAGGAAAACAUCCUGGAAAUUGAAAAUAACGCCAAGUCUUACAAGUAA